AUGACCACAGAAGCAGUCAAGAAACAAAAAUUGGAAUCGACCGAAAGCCUUAAAGUCUAUGUACGUUCCGAAAGGGCCCAAUUACCAACAAAAGGAUCUGCAUUAGCUGCAGGCUACGAUUUGUACUCGUCAGAAGAUGCCAAAAUUCCAGCUCAAGGACAAGGUUUAGUCAGUACUGAUAUCUCGAUAAUUGUCCCUGUGGGCACAUAUGGACGUGUAGCUCCACGUUCAGGGCUCGCGGUCAAGCAUGGAAUCUCUACAGGUGCAGGUGUUAUUGAUGCUGAUUAUCGAGGUGAAGUCAAAGUUGUCUUGUUUAAUCAUUCAACAAAGGACUUUGAAAUCAAAAAAGGUGAUAGAAUUGCCCAAUUGGUUUUGGAAAGAAUUGUCAAUGCCGAUAUAGAACAAAUUGAUUUAGAAGGAUUGUCCAAUACCGAACGUGGCGAAGGUGGAUUUGGUUCUACUGGUAAAAAUUAG